CAGAAAAAAAUUCAACCGAUCUCUCAUCUUUCCUGUCUCUCCCUCAACGCGAUCUCUCCUCCCACUCUCUCCCUGGUACACGAUCUCUCCCUGCUACUCCCACUUCGUCCAGGACGUCGUCCUCUCCUCCGACGGCCAGUUCGCCCUCUCCGGCUCCUGGGAAGACGAGCUCUGGCUCUGGGACCCCGCCUCCGGCACCACCGCCCGCCGCUUCGUCGGCCACACCAAGGAUGUCCUCUCCGUCGCCUUCUCCCUCGAAAACUGCCAGAUCGUCUCCGCCUGCCGCGACCGCUCGAUCAAGCUCUGGAACACCCUUGGUGAGAAACUAGAACUAUUAAUUACUUUUCGGAUGGAAUCAUUUGGUAAGAAAAGCAAAGAAUAGAAAGGACUAGGGUUUGGGUUGAGUUAAUUGGUGAGAAAUGUACAAAGAUGAUGUUUAUUUUGAUGGUUUGUGGUGAGAAUUAAAUCAUUUUAAUUUUUCCUGUUCCUUUGUAGUUUGUAGGGGAAAUUGGGUUUCCUGUUUAAUUUUGUGCCUUGCUUUUUAAUUUUGUCCCUUGCAAUCCCUUCAGAUCGAAUGAUUUGGUAAGAGAAGCAAAGAAUAGAAUGGACUAGGGUUUGUGUUGAGUGGUUUGGUGAGAAAUGGUGAGACAUGUACACAGAUGAUGUAUGUUUCGAUUGGUUCCUUUUUUUCAUUCUUACGAAAUCUCAUGGCGAGAGCUAGUUCCGUUUCUCAUCACGCCCUUUUCUCACCAUCCAUGGAGUAGCAGGGAGAGAGUAAGAGAGGGAGAGAGAGAGUAGUAGAGAUGAGAGAGGAGGGGCAUUUUAGAGUUAUAUUUUUUUUUUCCGUCCAAGUUAGCUCUUUUUCAUCCAAAAUUUCUUAACAGAAUUGGACGGAAGGGGUGUAGUUGUUGAGUUUUGAUAGAUGAAGAGGUGAGGUUCAUGAGUUUUAAACGUGAGGGGGUCAUGUUGACAAAACUUGAUAGUUGAAGGGGUAUCCUUCGAAAUAUCCCAAAGAGUAAUUUUAGUAGGAGUAGAGUAUAGGUAAAAUAGAGUGGUUGAAGGCUAAAAUAAAAAAAUGACUUUUUGGAUAAGUAAUUUGACUAAAAAUUUGGCACGUAUUUUUGUUUGUUUAUAGGGUUUUGAAUUUUUUCGAUAGGCAGGGUUUUGAUGUUUAAUUCCUAAUGUUGCUGAUUCCGAUCCAAUUGCCUAUUCCUACGGAGGUCAAAGCGAUUUUAUCGUUCUCUUGGGGUGUCGCUUUUGGGCGUAUAUUGGUUAGGAUUUUCAAUUUUUGGGGUAUUAUGAACGUCAACGAACAGAACUUUCUCCACGUUAAUCGCUGUGUAGUGUUGUGAAUCUUCUUCAAUGCGACGCUUGAAUCUUCUCCGAAGAACGCGAGCUACGAAUAACUGUUCCAAUCUCCAAAAAUGAUUAAGGGGUAUUCACCCGAUGGCAAAACCAAAACAAAGACAGUUGAUGGUAGCACCUUCAAACAAUAAAAGUACUCCAAUUGGCCCUGAGGCAGAACCGCAAGGAGAAGAAAGUUGGGUGAUAGUUAAGAAACAGAUAGUGAGAAUUCUUAUCCCUCCUCAACCAGCUAACAAACACUCCACAACACCGGACUUGGGACCAAUUCAAGGAAGGGCAAUACCGAUAAAAACAACCAAUACAGAACCUGAAUAUCCAACGGAGACACACCUCCAUUCAGUCGAUGAAAGGGAGAAAUCUGUGUCAUUGGCUCCGAACAAGGGUUUCCCAACUGCUAGAAGAAGUCCUCGUCCGAUUCAAACUUUUUCGAAGCUCCCAAGGAAAGAUUUUUGGGUGGGAACAAAAAGAGCCCAUCAAGUUGAGAAUAUUGGAUUUCGUAAAACACUUGGGGUGUGGAGUGGUUCAAGGGUAAGUAAGCGGCCCCUAAACUUCAUCUGCCUGGAUGCAUUUGUAAAUCAUAGGAUGAGGGCAUCAAAUCUUGACAGGAAGCUUCAAAGAGCUGGUGGGCUGAGCCGUUGGCUAGCAUCCCUGGGACUUGACCAGUUUGUGAAGAUAUUUCAAGGGAAAAAUGUGAACAAAUUCCAGUUGGUGAAUCUCACGAUGAAGAAACUGAAGGAUAUGGGUGCAGAUGCUGUUGGGCCUCGGAGGAAGCUGAUGCAUGCCAUUGACUGCCUUUGCCAACCUUAUUGUUUUGAGAUCUUGUGAAUGUGCACGAUAUAGAGCAUUGGCAAAGUUGAGAUGGCGAACAAAUGCAAAAGCAUAGGGCCAACAAAUUGUUGGAAUGAACGAAACGGUCCGAUCAAGAGGGGGAAAAACACAUUGGAGAAACAAGAAAAGAGUCCCUUUGUUGUGAAAGAUAUUUGUUGGGCCUUGUUUCCCAACUUCCCUUUUUAUUGUAAAAAAAAAUAAAUAUCUGAAGCCAUUACUGCCGGGUGGCUUAUGUAUUUUGGACCUGAUGUCCAAAAUAAUUGAGUUGUGUUCAUUCCUCUGAAUACUGUUGCAUAUUAUUGCUUGUCCA